CAGCUCUGUGAGUGAGGGAGUGUAAAAGAGGAGGGACAGCUGAUUCUCUCAGUGCCGCAGCUGCUGCUCUCCUGUGCGCUGAUAAAAGAGCGAGAGACAAGGACGAGAAAGGGACGAGGGAGUGAGCGAGGAAGAGAAAUGCCACAGAACGUGCUGCUGGAGGGGCCAGCCCCUUGGGGAUUUCGCCUCUCUGGGGGCAAAGACUUUAACCAGCCUCUGACCAUCACCAGGGUGACUCCUGGCAGUAAGGCCUCACGGGUCAAUCUGUGCCCAGGGGACGUCAUCCUGGCCAUUGAAGGGGUCUCAACAGAUGGUAUGACUCAUGGUGAGGCGCAGAACAAGAUCAAAGACUCUACUCACCAACUUUGCCUCAAGAUAGAGAGGCCUGAAACCAAACUCUGGUCACCACAAGUCGUGGAGGAGGGCAAAGUGCACCCAUUCAAAAUCAAUCUGGAGGCGGAACAACAAGAGUAUAAGCCAAUAGGCACAGGCCACAACAGAAGGGCGCAGCCAUUUGUGGCUGCUGGCAACUUGGAUGACAAAAGACAGGUGGUGAGCUCUUCCUACAACACCCCUAUAGGCCUCUACUCUGAGGGCAACAUCCAGGACGCCCUGCAUGGACAAAUCCGCGGCCUGGUGCAUGACAGGCCUGAGGGAGAUAACAUAUCUCAGGGGGUGAUGGGAAAUGCAGUUCAAGUCCCUUGCUCAGUACCAGUUAAUAAUCCCACUCAGAAUGAAGCCCUGGCUCUUGCUGCUCAGUAUAACUCCCCCAUUAACUUGUACUCGGAUGCCAGUCUGUCAGAAGCAAUACAGCAGGCUCAGAUGUCUGCUGGAAAUGAACAGGCACCACCCAGUGGAAAAGUCCUGAACACCAUUGAAGACUCUCAUGUGUACCGAAUGCUGCAGGAGGAUCAUGACAGACCACAUGAGCCUCGCCAGUCUGGUUCUUUUAAGGCCCUGCAGGACUAUAUAGACAGUGAUGGUAAAAAGCCUCUGGUAACAAGAAGUGUCAAAGCUCCAGUGACAAAGCCCCAAGCAGCCUCUGGCUCGCUACAGAAACUGCCUUUGUGUGACAAAUGUGGCAAUGGCAUUGUGGGUACUGUGGUCAAGGCGCGGGACAAGUUCCGCCACCCUGCCUGCUUUGUGUGCUCGGACUGCGGCAUGAAUCUGAAGCAGAAGGGCUACUUCUUUGUGGAGGGACAGAUGUACUGUGAGACUCACGCUCGGAUCCGAAUGAGACCUCCUGAAGGCCACGACCUGGUCACUGUGUACCCCAACGCUUAAAGGACACCAUUGCUCAGGUUUUCAUAGCCAACUGUUGCUGCAACUCAUUGAAACUUGUAGGAAUGCUUAUUGCUUGCUCAACUCUGCUGUAAGCAUGGCAUGUCUGGUGUAUAUUUUGUGCUUGUUCACAUUUCAGGGCAAUAAGUAGGCUCUAAUGGAGCAGCAGCAAGAGACCUUGCCUACUGAAUUCUGAAUUUCAAUACUAACUGGUGCUUUUGGGUUUGAAAUAUGCUGAAAAUUUGAAACACAUAUUUUUCUUUUAACGAAAACAUUAGCAACUUUCUGCACAUGCUGGUAUUCGUUUCUAUGACGUUAUUUGUGUGUGAAAUCUUACACAUGCAGUAAAUUCAGAACAUGCCAGAAAAUACUGUUGUAUUAAUUUGUUCCAGAAUACAUUUCUAACUGAAAAUAAACCAUUAAAUUUCAUACAACUCACUAACCGCUCUGAAGGGACUGAAUAGAUCGAAAAUGAGAAUUAAGAAGUGUAUAUAUGUCUUUAAUCUUAAUACGGUCACCUGCCAGACAUCACAGCUCUUAAUAUGCCAUGACAGAGGAGACUUGAUUGUAGUUUGUGAAGUUCACAAACCUGCAAAUAAAAAAAGUGAAAAUUUAGAGACACAAUUCAUUCAGCAGUGUGUAUAAAUGGGAUAAAAUUAACAGCAAAAAAGUAAAGUUACAAUAGAGGAAAACCAGCACUGUUGUUAAUAUGAUAAAAGUCUGUGGACUGAUUGCUGAAUGAGAAUAUGCACCUUAUGCUCCUCAGUAGAGGUUCAGAUUAGGGGUGUAGAAAUGCAUUGAUGCAUUGUGAUUGCACAGAUCUGAAGGUGGCAAUUCAACUGCAUUGUUUUUUUUCAAACGUUAGAAUUGAUUAUGAUUGAAGAAUAUUCAAUAAAGUAUGUGCUCAUUUU